UUUACCUUCUCUCUCAUUCUUCUUUUUUUUCAUCGAAAUGGUCUGAUUGAGUCUUUCUUGUUUUUCAUUCUUACUACACCCUUUACGCUAAUACCUCAUUACCUCAUUACCUCAUUUCGUGCUCUUUGUGAACACUUCCCUUGCAUAUGUUUGGUUGCAUUAUUGCUGGUCGACUGGUGCAAACAAAUCUGCAGCAGGUCGACGUGAACAAGUUUACAUUCCAAUUGGAUGAUGCGGAGAAUAUCAACCACAUCGUAGUCUUCCUACUCGGAACAUUGCCCUUCCAGUCAGGCUAUGCUGCAACCGUGCACCUUCUCUGGCCCAACAAAGCGUGGCAAUUGCUCGGCAUGCUAUCGAAUGAAAAGGCAAGCGCGAUCUUCCGUCUGAAGGCAGCAUCCCAUUCAAAACCGCAUCCCUCAUUCCCGGGUGCGGCAGCUUCUUCAGGAAACGACAUGUCGAUGGAUCCAUCGUCAGCGACAGCAGGAGGAGCAGCACCGAUUACGGCAACGUUGGGCAUAUCGAUCGAGCCCACUGAUGCAGUCUUGGCCCAGAUCUCUCAGCUCCCUUCCGCCACAUCGACCUCAGUAGCUGCCACGUCAUCCUCUGGAUCAAGAACAAUACCCAGCAAUGCACUCGUACCACUGUCUGCUGCUGGCAAUGUGUCCCCGGACUCGGUUGCAGCGAUCGCACAGAAAGUCAUGACGCAUCUUUAUAACCAUGUGACAUCAUUUGCGACGGCGGUGUUACCUCCAGGCUCGAUGGUACUGGUUCCGGCAGCCGGUCCGGGGUCGGCAGCGAGUGUGCUGGGGGAGACAGGAGGGGUUGGGUCGAGCUUUUUGCCAGUGAAGGCGUUUAAUGAUUGGUACCAGAACGUGGUCCGGAAAGCAAAAGCGGAUCCGAUGUUCUUGACAAGAGAAUAAGCAGGGCUGCGCCGAGGAAAGGAAGCUGGAAGUAUAUUUUUAGAGUCUGGUUCAGCUUCGCUCGGACGGUUUGGACGAGGCUGACAUGUAUAUAAGUACCGGUCGACUUUUGUUUAGCUUGUAACAAUAAUAGAAAAGCGAAAGUGAAUGGUACGGAUAAUGUGUAUGCUUGUCGAGAAGGAAGUAAUUGGGAUGCUGGUGGUAUAGAGUGGCGCAUGAAGAGAACACCGCAAAAAAGGAAAAAAAAGAAAAAAAAGGCUGCAACAGCGUGGAAGGAAAAGUUAGAACGCGUUCAGAGGCAACUGGCCAAUUGGG